AUGGUAGGGGACGGAGGAGGAUCAUACCUCGAUCUACUGGGACUUCCGCCGAAGAUGGAGGGGAGCAGAUUCGCCGCGUUGCGGUUCGGCGGCGGCGGGGCGGCGGCGAAGGAGGUGGGGGCGAGUGGCGACGGGAUUGGAGAUUCAAUCGACACACAGUCAGCCGGCGGCGAGAGACGACGAGGACUUGUGGAAGUUGAAGCCGACGCGAAGCUCCCGCGCCUCACCACCUCCGCCGUCCUCUUCCCGACCCCGAGGCCGUUCGGUUCCUAUAGGCCCGCCAAGGGCAAGCCGAUGCCGCCGCCCAUCACCAUCUCAGCCGCCGUCCUCGACCCGGCACACCUCACCUGCGCCCACUCCUGCCCCAUCCGCCCUUCGCUGCCCGCCGCCCCGGAGGAUCCCGUCGACGGCCGCAAGCUCCGCGUCGCACUCGCGCACAGCUUUCUCGUCGUGUCCGUCUUCUGCAGCGCGUGGUUCCUGGACGAUGGGGAUGGGGAUGGGGAUGGGGAUGGCGGCUAGUGAAGCCGUAGCCACCAAGGCCUCUUCGCCGUCGGGAGCGGGGUCACAGGGGGCAGGGGACCUCUUCGCCGUCGGGAGCGGGGGCGAAGGGGGCAGAGGAAGCGACAGCGGACGAGCACGUGUGCGUCAGUGCGGCGGCGGCGGCAGAGCUCGGCCAGGCUCGCCUCGCCCCCAUCUGCCGCCGGCGGCAGCCUCCCUGGAGAGGAGCUGAAGAGAAGAAAAAAAGAGAAAAGAGAGAAGAAGAGAAGUGGUCCCCACAUUUUCUAUCUAUUUUCAUUUACAUGUGGGAUCCAUAUAUUUUUUUUAUUUUACUGACAGACAUGUAUACUGCCAUAGGAUCUAAAUUGGAUGGUUUUUUAUUAUUUAGGGGUGAAGAUUUCUGAUUUUGUAGUUAAGGGACGUAAAAAAAUCUCGCUAUUAAGUUGAGGGACCUCCGGUGAACUUAUUCCUUACCGAAUCGAUUCGUACCCCUUUCGGCCCAUCUCCCCCACGACCCUACUUGGCUAGCCCAAUCAGUGGUCUAAUGUUCUGCAGACAAGCAUGGACAAAACGAAGAUCGGGAGAUAUUUUAGACCUCGAUGGCAUCCUGCUGUUCUUUCCAGUAAAUAAAAAGUCAUUCCCUCGCAAAUAUCUCAGUUUGCUGCUUCACACCAUAAAACUGAUGAAAGUUGAUCUACAACCGUUAGUGGAUAAGAUAAGAUUGAGAAUACCGAGUUGGAAGGGCAGAUUUUUCACAUCGGCUAGCCCGGAGGUCCUCGUCAAAUCGACCUUGUCGGCAACACCUAUCUACCACCUUACAGUUCUACCAUAGAAUGAAUGGCUUUAUAAGCGGAUUGAUCAUUUUAGACGAGCUUUCCUCUAGAAAGAAGAUGACUCGGACAACGUCUG